AUGUCACUUAAGGACACUACUACCUUCAAGAAACUCAACAGUACAAACAAUUAUCUUCUCUGGCAGCACAACAACAGCCAUAAUCUAUGGACCUAUGUCAAGAAGGACUACCAACACGUCAUCAACUUGCUGGCUCAUUACAACAAAGAAAUCUUCAACUCACUUGCCUCUUCCUUCAUCAAAGCAGCCCUUCAGCCCCCUCAGGACCCUGACCUGAUAGUGUCAUCAUCAGUGGUCCCCCUGGGCAAGAAAGCUCUCUUGCUCCAGACAAAGAAGCUCUCCAAGGCCAGGGAGCAAGCCAACACCACUCAAGCUGAAGCCCUUCUUGCCAAGAGCGCUCUCAAGAAGGACUCAGCAUCACCUAGCCUCCUCAAUAGGGCCAGGAAGACAGCCAAUGUUGCACUCACCACAACAAAGAAGGCUAAUCUUCUCCAGACUUCCCUCACAAAGCCCACAACUGCAAAGUCACCAUUCAAAGACAACAAGGAUCUCACCUGGUUCCUCUCCUACGCCCACAAGAUCCAGUCUGGAAGCUCCCAGACCCACACACUAAUCAGUGCAUCCCUCAACACACAGCUCCAGAACUACAUCAACUACAAGCUGAAGAACCCCUUUUGGCUGUGGUCACUCAUCAAGGAGCAUUUCCACAACAAGGCCUUCAAUCUCAAAGCCAACCUCUACACCUAG